AUGACUGUUUGGUCCGAGCAAGGAAAUGCCCAGACAAACUCCAAUAAAUACAUUGAAGGGGGUGGGGGUCCGCAGCACCCUGUGUCUGAGAAAGGCAAAGAGCCUGUCAAAAAUGAGAGCAGAACCACUGCCACCAAGAUGGAUAUGCUGCCAUCCUAUUCCACCGUGACGCUCAUAGAUGACCCCCCAGAGACAGAUCCCUGGGACCUGCCUGCGCUGAAGAGCACAGGGCUCAAGUGGUCAGAGAAAAACACCAGAGAGAAGCUACGCACUGUGUUCAUAGGGAUCGGGAAGUUUAUUGGACUUCUUCUAUUUCUAUACUUAUUCGUGUGCUCCCUGGAUGUCCUCAGCAGUGCCUUCCAGCUGCUGGGAGGAAAGGUCGCCGGACAGUUCUUCAGCAACAACUUGAUUUUGUCCAACCCAGUGGCAGGGAUGGUGAUUGGGGUCCUGGUGACUGCCCUGAUCCAGAGUUCCAGCACCACUACAUCCAUCAUCGUCAGCAUGGUGGCCUCAUCCUUGCUGACUGUGAGGGCUGCCAUCCCCAUCAUCAUGGGAGCCAACAUUGGCACUUCCAUCACCAACACCAUCGUGGCGCUCAUGCAGGCUGGGGACCGUAAUGAAUUCAGAAGGGCUUUUGCAGGGGCCACGGUCCAUGACUUCUUCAACUGGCUCACUGUACUAGUGCUCUUGCCACUGGAGGCUGCCACCCAUUACCUGGAACUACUGACCCACUUUGUAUUGAAGUCCUUUGACUUCAAGAAUGGAGAUGAUGCCCCGGCCAUUCUGAAAGUUAUCACAGACCCCUUCACAAAGCUCAUUAUCCAGCUGGAUGGAAAAGUCCUCAACCAGAUUGCACUGAAUGAAGUAGCUGCCCAAAAUAAGAGCAUGACCAAGAUUUGGUGCAAAGUUUUGACCAAUGUGACUCAAAUGAAUGUCACGGUGCCCUCAUCUGAGAACUGUACCUCCCCUGCCCACUGUUGGACCAAUGGUUCUCACACCUGGACCCUCAAGAAUAUGACUUACCAAGAGAACAUUGAUAAAUGCCAGCACAUUUUUGUGAAUUUCAACCUCCCGGAUCUGGCUAUUGGCAUCAUCCUGGUGAUUCUUUCCCUAAUGGCACUCUGUGGCUGCCUCAUCAUGAUCAUCAAAAUUCUGGGCUCUAUAAUGCAAGGGCAGGUGGCUAUUGUCAUCAAGAAGACCCUCCAUACUGACUUGCCCUUUCCCUUUGGCUGGUUGACUGGCUACCUGGCCAUUCUUGUGGGGGCAGUGAUGACCUUCAUUGUGCAAAGCAGUUCUGUGUUCACAUCAACUCUGACUCCAUUAUUUGGUCUUGGGGUGAUAUCUAUUGAGCGGGCGUAUCCACUUACACUGGGAUCCAACAUCGGCACCACCACUACUGCCAUCAUGGCGGCCUUGGCCAGCCCAGGCAACACUCUGAGGAGCUCACUCCAGAUUGCCCUGUGCCACUUUUUCUUCAACAUCUCUGGACUCUUGCUGUGGUACCCAAUUCCUUUUACCCGCCUGCCCAUCCACCUGGCCAAGGGACUGGGCAACAUCUCCGCCAAGUACCGCUGGUUUGCAGUCGUCUACAUCAUCAUCUUCUUCUUCCUGAUUCCAUUGGCCGUGUUUGGACUCUCCCUGGCAGGCUGGCAGGUGCUGGCAAUCGUGGGGGUGCCCAUCCUCUUCGUGGUUGUGUUGGUGGUAGUCAUUGGACUCUUACAGUCCCGCUGUCCGGGGAUCCUGCCCAGCAAGCUGCGGAACUGGGACUUUCUGCCUCUGUGGCUGCAUUCACUGAAGCCUUGGGAUGAGGUGGUCUCCAAACUUAUCAGCUGCUGCCGGAAACGUGAUGGCAAGUCCUGUGAUGGGAAGGCAGAGGUGCAAGACAGACCAUCAAGGCCCCCAUAG